AUGUCAAAUCAAGACCAGAAACUACAUCCAUUGGCAGUCGUUGGCUUGUCACUGAAGUUCCCACAAGAUGCAGUUUCCCCAGAGGCUUUUUGGGACAUGUUAGUCGAGGGAAGAUGUGCUUCAACAGAGUUUCCAUCAGAUCGAUUGAAUAUCGACUCAUUUUACAAUCCCGACACAAGCCGCCUUGACACUUUAUCCCAGCGUGGCGGUCAUUUCAUGACCGAAGACCUUGGUCUUUUUGAUGCUCCAUUCUUCUCCAUAACGGCUGCAGAAGCCGAAGCCAUGGAUCCUCAGCAACGACUGGUAUUGGAGGCGGCCUAUCGAGCAUUAGAGAAUGCCGGUUUGACCAUGGAGAAGAUUGCGAAAUCAAAAACCUGUGUCUUCGCCGGCUCGACUGGUCAUGAUUACCUGAUGUGCGAUGUAAAGGACCCUCAAUCUCUUCAGAAAUGGGACAUUGCGGGAACAACCUCGAACAUGAUACCCAACCGGGUCAGUUGGUUUUUUGACCUCGUUGGUCCGAGUGCUGCCAUUGACACAGCUUGCUCAAGUAGCUUGAUGGCUCUUGACAUGGCUUGCCAAUCAAUCUGGAGCGGUGAUUCUAGCAUGGGACUGGCAGUUGGAAGCAACAUCCUUUUAUCCCUCGAGACAACACUAAUGAUGGACAACUUGGGUCUUCUUUCCAAAGAUAGUCGAUGUAACAGCUUCGAUUCGAACAGCAGUGGGUACGCACGCGGUGAAGGUGUUGGCGUUGUUGUCAUCAAGCCUUUGCAAGAUGCAUUGCGUGAUGGAGAUACAAUCAGAUCUGUCAUCCGAGCUUCUGCUUCAAAUCAAGACGGCCGAACACCCGGUAUCACACAGCCAAGCGCUGAAAUGCAAGCUCGAUUGAUCCGAGAUACAUACCGCAAAGCGGGACUGGAUAUGAAGGACACACGCUAUUUCGAGGCACAUGGAACAGGAACUGCCGUCGGAGACCCAAUCGAGAUCAAAGGAAUCGGGUCCGUAUUUCGACAGCAUCGUUCUAAAGACGAUCCUUUGUACAUUGGCUCUGUGAAGUCCAACAUUGGACAUUUGGAAGGGGGUAGUGGUGUCGCUGGUGUUAUCAAAACGGUGCUGGCAUUGGAAAAGGGCAUCAUUCCUCCCAAUAGCACGAAUUUGCAAAAUAUCAACCCCAGAAUAGAUGAUCAAUUCUUUAACAUGAAAUUCCCGCAAGCUCCCCUGCCAUGGCCGUCUGAGGGACUUAGGCGGGCAUCGGUCAGCUCUUUUGGAUAUGGAGGUUCCAACACGCAUAUUGUGUUUGAUGACGCAUACCAUUAUCUCAGGGACAAUGGUCUAACUGGUAAUCACAACACAAUGAUCCCGGACCAGUCCACCAUGUGCAAAGACCACGGGGCGACCGAUGUGCAGGAUACUGAAUCCGGAGAGCCAGGCUGGGUAUCAAUUCAAACGAGUCCAGAAAAGUCUCCCAAGCUUCUCGUUUGGUCUGUCGCAGAUGAGAAAGGUGUUUCCCGACUUCAGGAGACAUGGAAAACCCAUAAGCUAGAUGAUCAACAGGCUGGCUUUGUGGAUCAUUUGGCGUAUACUCUGGCAUCCAGAAGAACUCUUCUUCCAUGGCGAACAUUUGCAAUUUGCAACCCAUCAGAUAGCUGGGCCACGACUGUGAAUAAACUUUCCGCCGCCUCACAAGCUCGUCUUUCGCUGACCAUGGCAAUGAUCUUCUCUGGCCAAGGAGCGCAGUGGUUUGCAAUGGGCCGUCAACUCUUGGACGUCUACCCAGCCUUUUCCGAGAGCAUCGAAGAAGCGGGCGAGUAUCUUCAUUCGCUGGGGUGUGAAUGGACCCCAAUCGAUGAAUUGAACCGUAGCGAAUCCACUUCCAAUGUGAACAAAACCGAAUACAGCCAAAUUCUCUGCACCAUCGUCCAGGUUGCAUUGGUCGAUUUGCUUCGUUUCUUAAACAUUGUGCCCAAGGCGGUGCUUGGCCAUUCAUCUGGAGAGGUCGCAGCUGCGUACUGUGCUCGCGGUAUUGAUCGCAAGUCAGCUUGGAAAGUGUCAUAUUACCGAGGCAACAUGAGCAGCACGUUGGAGAAUACAAGCGAGUUCAAGGGCUCCAUGCUUGCGGUAGCCCUGUCAGAGAAAGAGGCAAACUCUUAUAUCGAGAUGGCCGGGAAGCAAUUUGACAACCCCAAGCUGAGUGUGGGGUGUAUCAACAGCCCAAAGAGUGUAACUAUCACUGGAGAGGUAGUUCAGCUCGACGCUCUCAAGGUCUUACUCGACCGCGACAGCGUAUUUUGCCGCAAGCUCAAGGUCAACCUAGCUUAUCAUUCCACUCAAAUGAGGGAGAUUGCAGAUCAAUACCUUGAGGCCUUGGGGGAGCUUCAGAAUGACUAUUCUGGGCAUAAGGACUGCCCAGAGAUGGUGUCCUCAGUGACAGGCAAUUGGAUCGAGCGGGGAGGAACUGCCAAGGCUUCUCAUUGGGUCAACAACAUGAUCUCUCCCGUUCGCUUCUCGGACGGACUCGCUGUUCUCUGUGCAAGUUCAAGCUCAAACUCUCACAAGAAACUGGACGGCAGUCAUCGCAGGUCCAAGCCAAUAGAUCACAUCGUUGAGAUCGGCCCACACUCUGUCCUGCAGGGUGCCUGCAAAGAUGUGCUCAAGGGUUUGCAGAACGAAAAGGCAACUGAGUACUUCUCAAUUUUGGUGCGCAAUAUAUCCGCCGUGGACACUGCAUUCUCGCUGUUUGGAAACUUGUUUGCCGCGGGUACUUUCAAGUGCUUGUCUGAUCUUCCAGCUUAUCCAUUCAACCACGACGUGCGUUAUUGGCAUGAAAGCAGUCUCAGCAAGAAUCAUCGGCUCCGUAAAGUCGGGCGAAAUGAUCUGCUCGGAGUUCCCGACCCGAGCUGCAACCCCUUCGAGAGAAAAUGGAGGCACUUCAUGAGAGUAUCCGAAAUGCCUUGGAUAAAGGAUCACCAGAUUGACAAUUCGAUUCUGUACCCUGGGGCCGGCAUGGUGGUGAUGGCCAUUGAGGCUGCCAAGCAAAUUGCAGAGCCAGGUAGAACAGUCGAAGCAUUCAAUGCGCAAGAGAUCAAGUUUCAUGCUGCUAUGAGAGUCCCUCUUGGCUCUCACGGGCUUGAGACGAACUUAUACCUUCGUUCCGUCAAAGGCAUGGAGUCCAAGUCAUCGGCUUGGUCUGAGUUCCGCAUCUGCACAUAUGAUAAUGAGGUAUGGACUGAGAACUGCACCGGCAUGAUCCAGACAGUGUAUGCUGCAAAUGAGACAGUCCCCACGAUCGAGCAGCGAGACAAAGACGAGAUAUUGAACAACAAAUUGGAAGCCUAUACGACUGCAGCUGCGGCUUGCACAUUGCCAGUCGAUAGUUCAUCUUUGUAUGAACGUUUGCAAAUGUCAGGCUAUGGGUAUGGAGACGCCUUCCAGCUGGUCAAGAAAGUGUCCUUCAGUCCCCAGCAAUCACAUGUAGUGGCUGAUGUGCAGCAAUUCUCAUCCGCGGUGGGAGAAGCCAUCCAUCCAACGACCCUGGAUGCUAUCCUGCAAACCUCCAUCUGGACAACAGUCAGCCCUGACGCAGACUUCAUUCCCACCGCUAUCCCAACAUCUGUUGACAGUCUGUGGGUGUCCAGCCGACUCCUUGCCAAAUCAUCGUCAGCUUCCUUGAAGACGCACGCCACUCGAAACAAAGAGUCCAUGUUCCUCGGUGCCUCUUUUGAGAUCACUGUAUUUGAUGAGAGCCUGAAGGAGGUUCUUGUCUCGGUGCAAGGACUAGGAACAAAUGUCGUGAGCGAAAUGGAAGGCCCACAAGAUCGGAUGGCCGGACCUGAAGAUAUAUGUCACCACAUGGAAUGGAAACCUGAACACCGAUUGGUUUCCAAUGAGAAUCUCAUGAAAUUGUGCAAAAAUACUGAUGUAUGUGAGCCUUUUGGUCUGGAGGAUGAAUCCAAAGACUUGGCCUUGCUUUUCAUGUCACGCAUCGAAGAGGUGCUUCGGGCUCUUUCUUCGCACGGGAUCACUCCCUCAAAACCACAUCUUCAAAGAUAUGUGAAUUGGAUGAAACAACAACACACAUUGCUCGCGGAAGGCCAUCUCUGGCUUUCAGAUGACAUUUGGAAAGCUCGGCUCGCUGAUGUGAACUAUAUUCGUGAUAUCGAAACCCGUUUGUCGAAUCGAAACAGUCGCAGCUCUCUUUACACCACGGUUGCUGGCGACCUAUUCGGGAUAUUAAGUGGCGCAGUUGAUCCUCCGGAAACCUUCAAUGGAGCUGGCAAGAUGAGGGACCUUUACCAUGAAGAGCUCGGCGAAUCCCAGUGCAUCAAGCAAUUUGGUUCCUACAUCGAUCUGCUAACCCAUUCCAAUCCAAGGAUGAAAAUCAUCGAGAUUGGAGCGGACUCUGGAUCUAUGACCGAUGUCAUGAUUCGACUGCUCGGGGGUGCGGAGGAAGGGGCCGACCGGAAGUACGCUCACUGGGACUACACCAACAGCUCAAACUCGGUCUUUGCUAGCGCGGAGAACCAAUUCGCCUCGGAAGCUAGCAGCAUGAGCUUCAAGCAGCUCAAUAUUGAGAAGGAUCCCCAAGCUCAAGGCUUCGAUUGUGGAACCUACGACGUAGUCGUUGCUGGUCUGGCACUUCACGCUGCCUCUGAUCUUAGGAAGGCCCUGUGUAAUGCGCGAAAGCUUCUGAAUCCAGGAGGCAAGCUCAUGAUGUAUGAGAUCCUCACAGGUGGAUUCCGUUCGACAUUUGUAUAUGGUCUUUUCGAGGGCUGGUGGUCAAGUUCCGAAUCACAUGGUACAGCAGAGCCCUGUGUCGACAAGCGGCAAUGGAACAAGCUGCUCAUUGAAACUGGAUUCUCGGGUCUGGAUUUGGUCUUCCCAGACUUCGAAGAUUCCAUCUCCCAUGAGUGCGGUAUGAUAGUAUCAACGGCAGUUGAAGAGUCGUCGACAGAUCCCCAAGGGCUGGAAUUCGAGAUCAUCUACAACCAAGCCGAGCCUGCACAGCAGGAACUAACAGAUCGCAUUGUUGAAGACCUGAAAUCUCUCUCCAUGAGCUCCGUCCGCUGCUCCUCUGUACAGGGGGCUGUCGAAUAUCAGCCCAGUGGUCCACUGUUCAGGAUUGUUCUUCUAGAACUGCAAACCCCUGUUUUGAGCGAGAUCGAGCCUGAGCUAUUCGGUCAGCUUCAGACCCUGCUUUCCACGACUAACCAGAUGCUGUGGAUCAAUCAAGGCGGUGGUAAAUUCCCAGAGCACCCCCAUUCGCGCCUUGUGGAGGGGAUGCUUCGUGUUUUGAAAACGGAGAACAGCACGCGACAACACCACUUAUUGUCUCUCGAGCCGCAUGACUCGCUCACGAGAGGUCAACUAGAUCACAUCAUGACCCUCGUCAAGUUUUUGGUGUCACCAGCUGGCAAAACCCCUGAUAUGGAAUACCUUGAACACGAGGGAUACUUGAACGUUCCUCGCAUACUUCCAUCCAGGCAGUUGAAUCAGGAUAUCUCACUUAUGGCCAGGUCACAUUGUUCCACGGUCCAGGAAUUCAGCUGCGGUGUCCCGUUGACUUUGAAUGCCGCAUCGCCCGGCUUACUGGACGGAUUUGAAUUCAUCGAGGAUCAGAGCGCACAUCUUCCUCUUGAGGCAGACGAGGUCGAAGUCGAGGUCAAGUGCGCUGGUAUCAAUUUCCGCGACGUUUUAAUUGCGGUGGGCCAAUUGAAAGCCAGUCAUACAGGAUCUGAGUGGUCCGGGAUCGUCAGUCGGGUCGGUGGCGCCUGCAGCAAAUUCCAAGUUGGGGACUCUGUCGUUGGCUUGCAGAAUGGCUGCUUCUCCACCUUGACUCGUAUGCGAGAAAGCGGAUCGAUCGUCAAGAUCCCUCCUGGAAUCUCGUUCCCAGAUGCUGCCGCUGUGUCGGUCAAUUUCGCUACUUCGUGGAUCGCACUGCACAAUGUAGCUCGCAUCCAGUCAGGUGAAACGGUCUUGAUUCAUUCUGCUUCUGGGGGCACCGGACAAGCAGCAAUUCAAAUUGCGAAAAAUGCAGGUGCGACUGUUUUUGCCACAGUUGGCUCUGAGAGCAAGAAAAAGCUUUUGAUAGAUGUUUAUGAUAUCCCUGAAUCGCACAUCUUCUCUAGCAGAACCACAGUGUUUUCGAAGAUGAUCAAACUCCGAACAGGAGGAAAGGGAGUCGACGUCAUUCUCAACUCAUUGGCAGGGGAGAGUCUGUUCGCAUCAUGGAAGUGCAUUGCUCCCUAUGGUCGAUUCAUAGAAAUCGGGAAGAGAGACAUUCUCACGAACCAGAGAUUGCCCAUGCUCAAGUUCUUGGACAAUGUUGCCUUCAGUGGUGUUGAUCUAGCGGUCAUGGCUGUAGAACGGCCAGAAAUAUGCAGCGCCGCCCUCAAGACAGUCUUUGGUUUGAUCCAAGAAGGUAAACUUCACCCAUCUCAACCGAUCAGCGUAUAUGGUGUCGGUGAAAUGGAGAAGGCGUUCCGUAUCAUGCAGGCCGGUCAGCAUGUUGGCAAGAUGGUGCUGGAGAUGCGUGCCCACGAUGAGGUGAAGAACGUCUUGAGAACCCGUCCCGCGUAUUCCCUUGACUCGAAUUCAACAUUUGUGGUGUCUGGCGGUCUAGGGGGCAUUGGAAAGAACAUCAUCUGUUGGCUCGCAGAUCGAGGAGCUCGCCAUCUGCUCGUUUUAUCGCGCUCAGGUGGGCAAACAGAAAAAGCCCGAGGUGUCAUCCAAUCCCUUGAAGAAAGAGGCGUGCAAGUACUGGCCCCUAUGUGUGAUGUUUCAGACAGGGCAUCGGUGGAGAAUGCCUUGCGUGGAUCCCGCUCCUCCAUGCCACCGAUCAAAGGAUGUAUUCAAGCAGCCAUGGUUCUGAGGGACGCUGUCUUCGAGGGUAUCUCCCAUCAAACCUGGAUUGAAUCUCUCAAUCCCAAGGUUCAAGGCUCCUGGAACUUACACGAGCUCCUGCCGCGGGGUAUGGACUUUUUCAUCAUGCUGUCUUCCAUCGCGGGUAUUCUGGGAACCACUGGGCAGGCCAAUUAUGCGGCUGGCAAUACUUUCCAAGAUGGACUGGCUCGGCAUCGUGUGGGACUGGGAGAGAAGGCGACUUCAUUGAACCUAGGAGUGAUUGAUUUCGCCGGCGCUGUGGUAGAGGACUCCCGGUUGUAUGAGAUGUGGAUUGAGAAGAGUGAGCUUCCCCCUGUGACGGAGGCACACUUCCACGGUCUGCUUUCCACCUACUGUGAUCCUCGUAUCAGCCAUUCCACCUCCCUGGAUUGUCAAAUCGUUGUCGGGUUGUCGUCAGAGGCAGUCUCCAGCAACCAUGAAUGGAGAAGUGAGCCGCUUGUUGGGCACCUGGUCCUGAGCGAGAAUCAGAGUGGUGGUCAUAACACACAGUCUAGCAGCAGAGGAGCAAGCUCACUACUGCAAGCGAAGUCAUUGGCAGAAGCCAACACAGUUGUCACGGAGCUCUUUGCACAGAAGCUUUCGGCUGCUCUGGGUAUCGCGAGCGGAGAUAUCGAUGCCAACAAACCGUUGCACCAAUACGGAGUGGACUCACUUGUCGCGGUGGAGCUGCGCGGAUGGCUUUCCAAGGAGAUCCAGGCGGAUCUGGGUGUCUUUGAGAUUAUCGGAGGAGCAACAAUGACCUCUGUGGCACAAAGUGCUGCGAGAAAGAGCAAGCUGGUGAAGAUCGCAGAAUAG